GAUUAGGUAUCCAAGGCAGGUCCGCCCCCAGGACGCGCAUGUCGGUUCGCCGCUGCACGCGCUGCGAGCGCCUCUACUCGGACGGCGAGGACGGCCAGUGCCGCUACCACCCCGGCCAGCAUUACCGCCUCGGCUGGACCUGCUGCCGCGAUCCGUCCUUCUCGGCGCCAGGCUGCCGCUUUGGCAGCCACGUCGAGGACCUAAACAUGACUCGGGCGCUGGACGAGGUGCUCGCCUCCGCCCAGCCGGUCUGCCCGCCCGCCGCUCCCCUCGACAGCGCUAGCCGCGACUCCGACUCCGACUCGACGUCCGGCCCGGAGCCCGUAAUUGUCUUCGAGGACCCGUCCGGAACCAUGAGCGUGGCGAGCGUGGCGUGCGGGGGGGAGGAGCCGGCGGCCACGCCGCCGUCGCCGCAUUGCCUCGAGAGCGUGCAGGCUGCGCCCGCCGCGGCCGCGGCCGAUGGCGACGACGAGGAGGAGGCCAAUGAGGAGCGGCGCGGCUGGUUCCUGGUGCCGUACCUGGUCGGGCCGCACGACUCGUUCAACGCGGUGUGCAUGCGGCACCGGAUGGCGCCCGAGGAGCUCUCGCGCGUCAACAGCCUGCGGCACCGCUCCCUGCGGCCAGGCUCUACCGUGCUGGUGUGGGCCGAGCGGUCUGAGACGGAGGUGCGCGAGGCGGAGCGCGCGACGACCCUCCUCUGCUUCCGCCGGCAGCACUCCUGCUCGGUGGGCGAGGCGCGCUACUACCUCGAGCUACACGAGUACGACGUCGAGCGCGCGAUUCAGCAGCGGCGAGACGACCUCGACUGGGAGGAGCGGCGCGGCCGCGAGGCUGACGUCGACGCGCCCCUCUCUCCCGCCACCGAACAGCUCUCGGUGCCGCCUUCGCUUGGCGCGAACCUCGAGCGUCGCAACAGGCGGCUGGCCGUCACGGAGGUACGCUGUUAG